CAGUCGAAGCUAAACAGUGAAGGAGGGAUGAACUCUCGCCUAAUUCCUCACCGAUUUUAACUCCUAUGGCGCUUUUAUCCUCGAAGUGAAGAGGAAAUCCUACGAGAGCAAGAGUGAGACAUAAUGUGGACUGAAGAGAAGCUGAGGUACUGGUGAACAUGAGGGAGAAUAUGGACGGACUGGGGACAGGUCCUGGUGGCCCGAGACAUCCUCGAGGGAGGACGUUUCCCAGUUCUCCAAUGGCAGCUAAGGGCCACCUUCCUCCCCAGUCUCCCGUGGCCCUUGGCCAGGAGUGCACCGAGGGCUUGAUGUGGGCCGGCCCUGGAUCAAACUUUGUUGCUGACCACUUCACUGACCGGCCCGAGAACCCACCCGAGCCAGCACACCACCAGCGGCGAGGCAAGAUCGCCCGAGUCAAGCUGUCCAAGACCCCGAGCCCCACCAAGGAACCCACUAAAUUCUUUGUUCUCCCUGCUGGAGGCAUGAGUGUCCCUGUGCCAGAGUUAGACAUGGAACCCAACGUGCGGAGCACCAAGGGGUCCAUAGCUGCCCGUAGUGCCCCUGAAGGGAAGGAGGUGCCCUCCUCAGGUGGCCAGCUGCCUCUGGGUGUGGAACUGAUUGCCGGCCGCAGUCAGAUGAGUCAUCAACCAGAUGGGUCUAAAGGGGGCUCAACCUGGGCCAAAGUGAAGAGCCUUCCACCUUCACACACACUUGCCAUGUCAGCCUCACUUCUAAAGUCAUACUUCACAUCCUCUUCCUCCUCCAAUUCAUCAUCAUCACCUUCCUCCUCCACUACCUCAUCCUCAUCUUCACCAGCCACAGAGAAGCAGCUGCAGCAACAACAGCUGCAACAGCAACAACAACAACAACAACAACAACAACAGCUGCAGCAGCAAGUCAAGAGUGCUGCCUUGACAGCUGAUGCAGAGACAUCUGUGAAGACAAAGAUGCUUGGUCUGUGGAAUAAUGUAAAAUAUGGGUGGACAGUCAACCUGAAGACUAAUUUUUCCCGAGACUCCCCUGUCUACCUGCUGGGGUCGGUGUACCACAAGAGCCUCGGAGCAGAUGGGGAGGAUGCCGACCAGAUGGAAGUGGAGCGGCAUGGGAUGGAGGCAUUCAAGAGGCAUUUCCACAGCCUGGUGUGGUGUACCUAUCGUCGCCAGUUCCCCACGCUGCAGGACUCUAGCCUCACCACUGACUGUGGGUGGGGCUGCAUGCUACGCUCUGGCCAAAUGAUGGUGGCUCAGGCACUCAUCAGGCGCUUCCUUGGCCCUGGAUGGAGGCACGACAAACGAGGUGCUGAUGUGGAUUCAGUGGAGGAACACAUCCACCGCAAAAUCAUCCGGUGGUUUGGAGACUCCCCCUCCCCUCACUGCCCCCUCUCCCUCCACAACCUGGUCCACCUCGGCCACAAGUUGGGCAAGCAUGCUGGGGAUUGGUAUGGCCCAGCCUCUGUUGCCUAUAUUUUCAAAGAGGCAAUUGAGAUGGGAUCCAAAUACAUAGCUGACUUAAAGCAUGUGUGUGUUUAUGUGGCCCAGGAUUGUGCAGUGUAUAUCCAAGAUGUGCUGGACCUCUGCUUCUCACCGUGUCUAUGCAAAAUGGGAUCCUUUUACAAUGGGAUAUCAGAGGGCAAGAGUGUGGCAAGACAGGGAGCUGCAGUAAACCUUGAAACCUCAUCCCAGCCAGUACCAUACAUGGACAUAGUGAAUACCCAAGUAAAUGCUAUGGAAACCACUGCAAAUGGCACACACAAAACUGAAAAUGUUCGUGUUUCGCUCCAAUACUCACGUGGAGAGUUAAAGAGCCCAAAGGGGAUACCUGGGAAUAUGUUGUGCCCUGGGUGUGACAACUGGAGGGCUGUGGUGAUCAUGGUGCCUGUGAGACUUGGUGGGGAGGCGCUGAAUCCCAUCUAUGCACCGUGCAUCUACUCACUCUUCACCCACGACCUCUGCAUUGGAAUUAUUGGAGGAAGGCCAAAGCACUCCUUAUACUUUGUUGGGUUCCAGGAGGAGUCCCUGAUUCACCUGGACCCUCACUUGUGCCAAGAUGCCGUGACUGUCACACAGGCAGUCUUCUCCCCAUCCUCCUACCAUUGCUCCUCCCCACGUAAGAUGGCUCUCUCUCGAAUGGAUCCCUCAGCCACCCUUGGUUUCUACUGCCACUCUCGCACUGACUUCCUACGGCUGAUGGAAGAUUUACCUGAGCUGGUGACCCCUAAGGAGCCUGGGUUUGAGUACCCAAUCUUUGAGUUUGUAGAUGGCUGCUGCCCAGAUGCUGAUGCGUGCACUCGUCAGGUGAGCACCGAGGACCAGCUGGCUGCCUCUCUUCCCUCUGACACCCCUCUCCUCCCACAGGACUCUGAGGAAUUUGUCUUUCUCUGAUGGGGGCUGUGGGAUGAGGAUGUAGGAAGGAAAGUUAUAUUUUUUCAGGUCUCAAGAGUUUUUCUGAGUGUCUUGUUGGUGUUAGAGAGAGAGAGAGAGAGAGAGAGAGAGAGAGAGAGAGAGAGAGAGAGAGAGAGAAGGAUUGAUUGUGGGAAAGGAAUGAUUUACUACUCUGCUUUCUUAGUCAUACCUCACCUCCCUAGUGUACUUAUGUUGUGAUUUAUUCAUUUACUGAGCUUAAGUGUCCUCAAGGUGCUCGGCUUGUUCAAGUUUGCUCCCAAGUCUCAUAUCUGAUCACUGGUGGGCAAUUUCUAUACUCGUGGUCUUUUUUUGAACUGAAUAUACUUCAGUUCUUUUGGCAUGGGUUACUUCUGUACUCUCAAGGUUUGCAUUUUAAAAAGAAAGUGUCAUUUGAGUGGUUAUUUUACGUUAUUCAUGUUCAACUCCAUGAGGCCUUCAGUGUAACCUGAGGUAUUUUGCAAAUCCAGCUGAGUGUUCUUAGUUAUUCACCCACUCACCUACGCCUUAAGUUAUUGACGUCCAGUAACGCCAUGUGUGUUAAUGAAAAUAAUUUAUUAAGUUAUGGAUGUGCCUAUGUAGAUAUUAUGAUUAUUGUUGUUUAGAGGACAUAUCUGCUGUUAUUUCUUUACUCUAGAAAAUUCUCAGGGCCAUGCACAUGAAGUCACUUUUCAGUGGCAGUCACUGCCCACUGAAAAGUUGAGGCAAGAAGUGCCUGGCAAUACCCCACACAUGGAUCACUUUUGUGACAGCCACAUGCAGCUUGAGUGUGGAUCUUGGAGGAGUGGGGUAUAUUAGUGUUGUGGCUCUCAGCACAAGAAAAAAAAUAAAAAAAAUAAAAAAA